AUGACUAUCGAGAUUUUAUCGUUAUCGCGAUCUUAUGCAGUGGAUAUCUGCAUGAUCAAAUACUGUUCCCGUGGUGAAGCAGCCCUGAUCCGAACUCUGCAAUAUGACGCGUCACGAGUGAAUGCAGCUCGUCAAGGACUUGAAGAUGCUUGGGUGGCUCGGCGUAACAUCCUUGACCAGUGUCUUGAGCUGCAGCUCUUCUACAGAGAUUGUGAACAGGCUGACACCUGGAUGUCUGCUAGGGAAAACUUCUUGGCCCAGGAAGAUCCAACUGGCGACAAUGUGGAGUCGCUGAUCAAGAAACAUGAAGAUUUCGAUAAGGCCAUCAACAGUCAACAGGAGAAGAUCACUGGUUUGCAGCAAUUCGCCAAUCAGCUGAUCAACAGCAAUCAUUAUGACAAGGAUGCGGUGGCUCGCAAACGCGACAUGAUUCUCGAUAGGCUGCUCUCAUUGAAGAAGCGAAGCAAACUUGGAGAAAGUCAGACGUUGCAGCAAUUCAGUCGUGAUGCGGAUGAGAUUGAGAACUGGAUUGCGGAGAAAUUCCAAGUUGCUCAAGAAGAGAACUACCGCGACCCAACCAACAUCCAGCAAAAACAUCAGAAGCAACAGGCAUUCGAAGCCGAGCUGGCUGCCAAUGCUGACCGUAUCGCCACUCUCAUCACGGCUGGUCAGAAUCUCAUAGAUGGAGCGAAAUGUGCUGGAGGUGAAGAUGCUGUCAGCGCGCGCCUGAAGGCAUUGAAUGACCAGUGGGAAUUGCUCGUGAAGACUACCACAGAGAAAAGUUACAGACUCAAGGAGGCCAACAAGCAGAAGAGCUUCAUGGCUGCUGUUAAAGAUCUGGAGUUUUGGCUUGGUGAAGUCGAAAUCCUCUUGCAGUCUGAUGACUACGGAAAGGAUUUGGCUUCAAUCGAGAAUCUUCUGAAGAAGCACCAACUGCUUGAAGCCGACAUCAUUGCCCACCAGGAUCGUGUCCAGGAGAUGAAUCAGCAAGCGGAUUCCCUCCUUGAACGAGAUCAGUUUGCUGGUCAGCAGAUUGCAGAGCGUCGCAAGGUGAUUGCUGAUCGCUAUGAGCGUGUGAAAGAGAUGGCAAAUGAUCGCCGUGACAAGCUUAACGAGGCCCUCAAUGUUCACCAAUUCUUCCGUGACAUCGAUGAUGAGGAGUCAUGGAUCAAGGAGAAGAAGCUUCUUGUCUCAUCGGAUGACUAUGGACGCGAUCUUCCCGGUGUGCAGAACCUCCGCCGUAAACAUCGUCGCCUUGACACCGAGCUGGCAAGCCAUGAACCUCUGGUUUCCCAAGUUCGCCUGAAGGGAGAAGAGCUCUUGCGCUCGUCAGGAAUCGGUGGAGAUGAAAUACAGAAGCGAAUGGCAGAUUCUAGAACGUAG